AUGGAAGAUUAUCGACGAAGCGAAAAAAGCGAGCAAGAACAAGUUUCACCACCAGCAAAGAACGAGGUUCGAUGUUCUCAAAACGGAAAAAUUACACGCUACGUAGAAGUUGGUCUAAAUCUACUUCAGGAACAAAAAAUGUCGGAUAUUGUAGUAGUAGGAAAAGGAGCAAGUAUCACCAAAGCAGUGACGGUGGUCGAGAUCAUUAAGCGUAGAAUGGAAGGAUCUUUACAUCAAUAUACCCAACUCGGCAGUGUGUCCUCGACAGAUCAGUGGGAUCCUGUAGAAGGAAAGGACAUGGAUCGGUAA